AUGUCUUCCUUGAACUCGUUACUGGGACAAAGUCUGGGUGCUAUCGAGCUCGGAAUUCUCUGCUCUUCAAUACUCUACGGUGCUAUGCUCGUGCAGGUGUAUAAUUACUACCAGCUGAGAUUCAAGGACAGUUUGUUCAUAAAGCUUAUCCUCUACUGUGUGUUGAUUAUGGAGACUGCACAUAUCACCUUCAUCUACACAUUCAUCUACAGAGCUACUAUCAUCCACUUUGGAGACUUCCUCGGAGCUCUUCACGACUUGUGGUCCAUCAGCUUUUCCGUGACGAUCGCUAUGGUUGUCACGUCCGCCGUUCAAUUGUUCUUCACGAAGAGGUUGCGCGGCUUGACACACAGCAUCUGGUUACCACUUCUCGCCUGGAUAGGUAUACUGGGCCGCAUAGCGUCAGGAGUAGCCCUGAGCGUUAUUCUCUACAAGCUGGAGGAUUUGCAGCUGUUCAUCAAGAAGUAUGAAUGGCUCAUCGUGUUCAACUUCUCCCUCGGAGCAGCUAUAGACACAUUCAACACAGUGUGUCUGUGCUUUUAUUUAUCGAAGCAGAAGGCAAGGUUUCGACAAACUCAGAGGAUGGUGGAUAAAUUGACCAUCUGGACGCUAGGUUCUUAA